GUUUGUUGCCUUUGUCGUCGAUGCCGACGCCUUCGCCGCUGCCGACGUCUUCUUCUUCGUCAGUCAAUCGUUUGUUGGUUGGUUGGUUCAUUCGCUCCUGUUUUGUAUUAUUUCCUCCAUCUUUUGUUGGUGGCAGGCGAAAUCUACGGAUUUUUUUCGCAAAAGCGAUUUUUUUGUUUGCCCAGGCGGCAGUCGUCGUCGACAAUUUUCAAUUAAAACGUGUUUAACGUGAGUGGUACGCUCGCUUGCCAGCCCGUUCGUUCGGUCGUUCUGUCUGUCUGACUGUCUGUCGGUCGGUCGUUCGCUCAUUCCUUCAUUGAAUGAGUCUGGUGCGUCCGUGUAAGUGAAUUCGUGAUUUCGUGCAAUGGUGCGUGCAUCAGUGAGUAUGUAACGAAAAUUUACGUCUGUCUAGCUGGCUGGCCCGCUUAGAUGCGUUAUGCGUCGCGUCGUAUCGUUAAUUUUUGUGAUUAUUAUUGAUAAUGAAAGAUAAUGAUAAUGUAUGUAUGGCCAGCUGUGUGUGUCUGUAUGUGAUUUAGUCGUGUGUGUGCGUGUGUGUGUACGUUUGUCUGGAGUGUUUAUUAUUUAUCUAUACUACCAACAUGUGAAAUAUUUAUACCAAUCAGGGGAAAUGAUUAUUAAUCUCCUAUCAGUAACCAAAAAAAAAAAUUGUUAGAAUUUCCCCCCAAAAAAACACAAAACGUCGACAAAUACCCCUAAACAAACGACCAAUAAAUUAAGGCAACAAUUUUCAAGAAUAGAUUUCUUCUUCCCAACGUGGAAGGCACCUUUAAGUUUAUUGAACUUUGGAGGAUGUGUGAAAAAUCGACAAAUUCUUUCAAUACUAAAAAAAAAUAAAUUAUUUGUUGUACCCCCAAAACAAAAAGUGUCCAUGUCCAUCAAAAAUGUUUGUGAAAAAUAUUGCCAAGAAAAUUUUGUUGUGGAAAAAUGAAUAGCUAGCUGGCUGGGACUGACUGACUGGCUGGCUCUCUGUGCGAUUUUUGUUGAUUGCAAAAAUUAGUCGUUUUACUGGUUUUGACGCGAAUGGAAUGGAAAUAAGCGAAAAAAAAACAUAUAAACAAAAUUAAAAAAUAAUAAAAAUAGAUACCUCAACUCAAUUGCAUUAUUGAGAGGUGUUGCGUUGAAAAUAAAACGAAAAAAGAAAAAAAUUACCCACAAAAGUUACAUGCUCUACGUUUUGCCAGCGAAAUUCUUUAAAAUCGAACAACAAACAUCCCGACAGAAGGGCAUGAGCUACGGUGACAAACAUGUGUGACAAGUGAGUGAGUCGUGAGUGUUUUCUUCAACCAAAAAAAGGAAUGAAAUAAAAAUUAAAUAAAAAACAACAAAUUCUAAAAAAACGACUAAAAUGUGAAAACUUUGUUGUAAAUAAAAUAAAAAAUUAAAAAAAAUAUUUAAAAUAUAUACACAACAAUUCUCAAACCUUAACGAGAGCUGCGGGUCGGUGUCUACAAAAGGUUUGAUGCACAAGAAAGAAAGUCAAUAGAAAAAAACAAAAGAAAAAAAAAAUAACAAACAAAUAAAACGACUAAAGGGACAGAGAGCAAACAAACGCAAGAACCCCAAACAACAACAACAACAACAAAAAGCAACACACAGCGAGUGGUGGAAAGCAUAAAAAACGGAACGGAAACAAUGCGGCUUUUAACCACUUACGGAAUUAUGUAAAGAAUUUGACGACAAAAGAAACAUCGCAAAAGUGAAACGAAAUUUCAAAAGAAGAGGAAAAUUUGUAAAAAAAUAAAUAAAUUUCUGUGUAAAAAUCAAUUAUUGUAAAGUGUAAAAUAAAAAAUGUUAAUCUAAAUAAUCAAAAUCCCAACAACAACAACAAAAAUCAUCAUCAAAAGCAAGUGUCAAAAUCCAAAACCUAACCUUAAAUGUGUCAAUCUCCAAACCACACCCUGUGUAGCGACGAAUUUCAAACAACAACAAAAAAUACAAAAGUGUUAAAAAAUAAUUGUCAUAAAAUAAGAAAUACAACAACAACAACAAAAAUAAUUGCCAUUUGCUCAAUUGUCCUUUGCCCACCUCCUUCUGAGCUUCUGAGGACGAGUUAAAGGCCACCGAUUUAAGGUGGCGUCCUCAAAAAUAAAAUCUUCGGAGGCAAAGGCUUUGCGGGGAACACCUACCACAACAAAUGCCGCAUUUGACAAAAGCCAACAACAACAACAAAAGUCAUCCUCCUCCUCAACGCCACCAUCAGCACCAUUACACGAGGAGAACAAACAACAGCAACAACAACACAAAGGACAACAAAAGCCAGGCAGAAGCAACAACAACAGCGACAGCAAAACCAAAAUAACAACUAAAUCAACAAUUAUUACAAACGCCGGCAACCCCGCCACCACCACCACCAUCACAACAGCAACAACCACCCCAACAACAACAACAACAGCUACAACAAAUGCCACCAGUGCUAAUAUCAAAAAAGCCGCCACUGGAACCCAAACAACAGCCACAACAAUAACCGCCACAAAUCGCGUUGCUGAGAGGAGCAACAAACCUCGUACCUCCCUGACAUCUUCCUCCUCGAACUCAUCCUCUUCCACGCAGAACAACAACUCCAGCACACACUCCCACAAAACUCAGCUGAGGCAGUUUACGAAUUUACAACAACAACAACAAAAUAGCACACUAUCCCAACAGCAGGUCCUGCUGAAACAAAAACUCCAACGCCAACUGCCGGUUGGACCCCUCAUAACACCACCGCAAAAAUUCAAUUCCAAACAACUGUUGAAAGCCACCUCAAAGGUGAAAAAGAAAGCCAAACAGCUGACCUUCGAUCACACCAAGUGUCUGAUCAAUGUAACCAGCACCAACAGCCCGCCGCCACCGCUGGGGCCAUCACAACCACCACCACCAACUCUGAUAGGUCGCCAAGGCAAAGAGGCAAAUACAUUUCGCAAAUUCUCCCUGCCCACCCAUUUAAGUAGCCAGCCUCUGCAGGCCAAUAAUCCUCUGUCCACCAUUAAUUCACCACCCCUGCUAAAAUCGGACCCCUCCAUUGCCUUCAAUCAGCAUAGUUUCUCCCUGAAACAACAACAGAAACCCAAAUCUAAAUCAAAAACCACUCAACGUUUUACGAAGUUUCUACGCGCCGCAUCAUCGGCCUCCUCGAACUCGCCCAAGACCAAGGGACGGCGAAAAUCUUCAGCUGCCUCGAUUGUUGAGACAGCUUUAGCGGCAGCUGGGGUAACGGUAAAUCUUACCACCGCCUCGGCAUCAUCGGCCUCGGCCACAGAACUUUUGGGUCAGGAUUAUACCAAGACCCCCACACCGGCCUCAAACUGUGGUGAUCACAACUGCAGCGGCGGCGGUGGUGGAGGCGGAGGAAGUGGCGGUCGUGGCUGUAGCAAUUGUGGUUUUCAAGGCAGCAGCAGUGGCGGCGGCCUAGAUCAGGACAACGAAGACGGUGAGAACGCAACAUCGUCGUGGUGUGGUGGUGGUGUAAAUUUUCUGGUGUAUAUGGUUUGUUCAUUUUGCUGUUGUUGUUAUAAUUUUCGAAAUUCACCAACAAGUUUCGAUGUAGAAAAUGGCCAAAGUGCUCGAUCUCCGCUCGAGGGCGGUUCACCCAGCGCCGGUCUGGUCUUGCAAAAUCUUCCACAGCGUCGCGAAUCGUUCUUAUAUCGUUCCGAUUCUGAUUUUGAAAUGUCACCCAAAUCAAUGUCCCGCAAUUCAAGCAUUGCUAGUGAAAGGUUUAAAGAACAGGAGGCCUCCAUCCUGAUUGACAGAUCCCAUGGCGAGGAUCUCAUUGUGACACCAUUUGCCCAAAUUUUAGCGAGUUUACGUUCUGUGCGCAAUAAUUUAUUAAGUCUGACAAAUGUUCCGGCAUCCAACAAAUCUAGGCGACCAACCCAAACAUCUAUGGGACGUUCAUCGACGGCGGGUAUUAUUCUGAACCAAGGCGAUGAGGCGUAUACGCGUUUGGCCACCGAUACCAUUGAAGAAUUAGACUGGUGCUUGGAUCAAUUAGAAACAAUACAGACCCAUCGUAGUGUCUCCGAUAUGGCAUCGCUUAAGUUCAAACGUAUGCUGAACAAGGAAUUAUCACACUUUAGCGAGUCGAGUAAAUCAGGAAAUCAAAUAUCCGAAUAUAUUUGUUCAACUUUCUUGGACAAACAACAAGAAUUCGAUUUACCCUCAAUGCGCCUGGAAGACAAUACCGUUACAGCGCAUGAGCAUAGCGCCAUAACCGGACCGAAUCAACAGCGCAGUCGCAGUCCACGUGGUCCGCCCAUGUCCCAGAUAUCCGGUGUUAAACGUCCUCUAUCGCAUACCAAUUCAUUUACCGGUGAACGUUUGCCCACCUAUGGCGUUGAGACGUCACACGAAAGCGCACUGGGUACACAAUUGGCCGAAUUGGAUACAUGGGGCAUAGAUAUCUUUAAGAUCGGCGAUUUGAGUAACAAUCGCCCGCUCACCUGUGUGGCAUACACAGUAUUUCAGAGUAGAGAAUUAUUGACCAGUCUUAUGAUACCACCGAAAAACUUUCUUAAUUUUAUGAGCACUCUGGAGGACCAUUAUGUCAAAGACAAUCCGUUUCACAAUUCAUUGCAUGCGGCUGAUGUCACACAAAGUACGAAUGUCUUAUUGAAUACUCCUGCACUGGAAGGUGUCUUCACGCCACUGGAGGUGGGCGGUGCAUUGUUUGCUGCUUGUAUACACGAUGUUGAUCAUCCUGGUCUAACUAAUCAAUUUUUAGUUAAUUCAAGUUCCGAAUUAGCCUUAAUGUAUAAUGACGAAUCUGUUUUGGAAAAUCAUCAUUUAGCUGUUGCCUUUAAAUUAUUGCAAAAUCAAGGAUGUGAUAUAUUCUGUAAUAUGCAAAAGAAACAACGCCAAACAUUAAGAAAAAUGGUUAUUGAUAUUGUACUAUCAACCGAUAUGUCCAAACAUAUGAGCCUAUUGGCCGAUUUGAAAACUAUGGUAGAAACUAAAAAGGUAGCCGGAUCUGGUGUACUACUGCUGGACAAUUACACAGAUCGUAUACAGGUUCUUGAAAAUCUUGUCCAUUGUGCCGAUUUGAGUAAUCCAACCAAACCGUUGCCGCUGUACAAACGUUGGGUUGGCCUGCUCAUGGAGGAGUUCUUCCUGCAGGGUGACAAGGAGCGCGAAUCGGGCAUGGACAUCAGUCCAAUGUGUGAUCGUUAUAAUUCGACGAUUGAAAAGUCGCAGGUCGGCUUUAUUGAUUACAUUGUACAUCCACUCUGGGAAACUUGGGCCGAUUUGGUGCAUCCAGAUGCCCAAGAUAUAUUAGAUACGCUUGAAGAGAAUAGAGACUAUUAUCAGAGUAUGAUACCGCCAUCACCACCACCAUCACAGGCCGAUGAACAAUUAGCGACAGAUGAUAAGAUAAGGUUUCAGGUAACCCUUGAAGAGUCCGAUCAAGAAAAUUUAGCUGAAUUAGAGGAGGGCGAUGAAACGGCAGCCGAACGUGGUGAUGAUGGUGUUAGUGCUGCUGAUAACAUGACCACCGCGGGUGACAAUAAACCGUCGGGGAGUCAAAAUCAACCGCAUCACGCUGGAAUGUGACGGAGAGUCGUGGGACUAUGCCGAAAAAUAACUGAAAAGGCGCAAAAUUUUUUGCUUAUACGUUAGUGACUUUUAACUACAACAACAAACAAAAAAAACCAAAUAGAAAACAAACAAAAAACCACAACAACAACAGAGAAAAAAAUAACAGAAAAAUCAAAAAAAAAUAUCCUCCUCAACAACAAAAUAUAGAAUUUCUUCAUCAUCUCUCUCUUAUACGCAACAAAAACAACUCUAUAUACAAACAAACAAAAAAGGAAUAAUUUUCAAAUUCAAGACAAUGCUAAGAUAGCAAACCCAAAAACAAAAACAAAUACAACAACAAAAUAGUUAAGAUUUUACUUUUUUCUAACAAACUCAAAACAAAACAAAAAACAACAACUAAUAGAAUUUUUUUCAUUUAAGUUUAGAAAUGAAAAAAAAGAAGAUGUCCCAUUUUUUUAAAAACAAAACCAAAUAUUCAAAAAAAAACAAAACAUUUUUAUGACACCGACAAGUUGGCAAAUCCAAAUAACAAAAGCAUAGUAAAUUAAAUACAGAAUAACAACAACAAGAACAACCAUAAUAAUUGUUUAGGGAAAACAUAGAAAAACCACAACAACAACAUCACCAUGAAAACAAAAAAAAAUUAAAAGAAAAAGAAAAACAUGCUUAAAAACCAAAAAAAAAAAAAUCAACAAUAUCAAAUUUUGUAUUUUUUGUUGUAUUUUUUAUAUAAGAUUUUAUUUAAUUUUAUUUUUAAAAAAAGUUUGAAUUCAUUAUUAUUAAUAUGUAAUUUUUUUAUAAAUAUUGACAAACAAACACAUUACUAGACAUUAGACGUACGUUCUCUACGAAAAACCGCAGACAUACAAAAACUGUUAUACUGGACCUUAAUGAAAACAAAACAAAAAUAAAACCUAACGACAACAGUGACCCUGACCUUUAUACGCUGACCUAACUUCCCAGACAAUGACAUUACAAAAGAACUCCACAUUAUAACAGUUAUACUACAACAAAGAUAUGUUACACACAUGUUGCCCAAGCAAAAAAGCUUUCUUCUUCAAUUCAAAACAAAAAUAUUGUAUUUAAUUGUUAAAAUUUUUAAUUCAUUAUUUUAUAUGUAAAAUUAAUUAAAACAAAACCCCUCCCCCCAAACUGUUAUACAGUCAAACAAGGCAGGUAACGGACUAGGUUUCUUCAAUUUCAUUUUGGGCUUAAAUAACCCAUUUCCAAAAUUUUACAAAAAAAAACUAAAUUAUUUACCCAUCUUCAUAAAGUUCGUUAUAGCAAUGUUUGACUGUUUUUUUGCUAUAAAUAUAACGUUUUGUUUUACUUUUGUAGUUAUUAUUAAAAAAAAAAAUUCAAUAACUGUAUUUUUUGCAUGCAAAUUUUAUUUAUUAUUACUAAGUUAAAAUCCACAAAAAAGAGAAACAAUACCCAGUAAAGAGAGAAACAAACAAUGCUAAAAGAGAAAACUACACAUUUUUCCUUGUUAACGAUUUUCCUUAUUAUUUUUUUAGAAAUAUUAUAAUAUGUUAAGUUUUAAGAUUAAGUAACAGAAACUGCAAAGAAACAGGUAUUUUUUCAAAACUCACAGACAUACACACAAGAUCGAGGCAAUUUUGAAAAGGAAACAGAAAAUAGACACCAAAGUGAGAAACACAAAACAUUUUGAAUGAAAACAAUGUUGUGAGCAGAUACAAUAAAAAUCAAAUCAAACAGAUGAGAGCAGAUAAAGACUAAUUGUUAUACAUAAGGGAAGCAGGAAGAAUUGAGAUUUUCAAAUUAAUACCAAAGAAAUAUAGAACGUAAUUUUGUUUAUAAAAAAAUAUGUUUUCAUUAUUUUUAUUUUAAAAAACUAUAUUUAAAAAUCCCUACAGUUGAAAAUUUUAUGAAAAUAAUAAAAGGUACCACAGUUUCAGAAAUUGUAAAAGAAACAAUAGAAAAGGGAAUAUAUAACAGUUAUAUAGCAAUUAUAUAACAAUUAUAUAAGAAUUAUAUAACAAUUAUAUAACAGUUAUAUAACAGUUAUAUAAAAUUAUAUAACAAUUAUAUAACAGUUAAAUACACAACGGACAUGGAACGUAUAACAGUUAUAGUAUUCUAAUUAUGAAUUGUAUAACAGUUGAAAAUUUUAUAAAAAUAAUAAAAGGUACCACCGUUUCAGAAAUUGUAGAGGGAACAAUAGGAAAGGGAAUGUAUAACAGUUAUAUAACAAUUAUAUAACAGUUAUCUAACAAUUAUAUAACAGUUAUAUAACGGUUAUAUAACAAUUAUAUAACAGUUAAAUACACAACGGCCAUGAAACGAAUAACAGUUUUAAAAUUUCCAACAGCUUUAAAACUUUUUUGCAGUUAUGCGAUGUAUAACAGUCAUAAAAUGUAUAACAAUUAUCAAAUGUAGAACAGUUAUGAGAAGAAUAAUAGUUAGCGAAUUCCUAACAGUUGCUAAAAGUAUAAAAGUAUAACAGUCAUAAAAUUAUUCAAUUUACAACAGCUUUUAAAGUUAUUUACAGUUAUGCAAUGUAUAACAGUCAUAAAAUGUAUGACAAUUAUCAAAUAUAUAACAGUUAUGAAUUACAUAACAAUUCAUAGAAGUAUAAUAGUUAGCGAAUUUCUAACAGUUUUUCAACGUAUAACAGUUAUAUAAUGCAUAACAGUCAUAAAAAUAUACAAUGCCCAUCAGUUUUUAAAGUUAUUUACAGUUAUGCAAUGUAUGACAGUUGCAAAAUUUAUGACUAUAAAAUGUAUAACAGUUAGGUAAUUCCUAACAAGGUAUAACAGUUAUACAAUAUACAUAACGGUUAUAUAAUGAAUGAAUGAAUUCUAUAAAAUAAUAAAUGUAUAACAGUUAUGAAAUUCAUAACGGAAAAUAUAUAACAGUUAUACAAUGUAUAACAGUCAUAAAAUUAUUCAAUUUCAAAAAUAUUGAAAGUUAUUUACAGUUAUGCAAUAUAUAACAGUUGAAAAAUGUAUGACAAUUACUAAAUGUGUAACAGUUUUCAAAUUAAUAACAAUUCUAAAGGCAUAACAGUUAUACUAUCCUAAACAGUUAUAAAAUGUGUGGCAGUUUUCAAAUUUAUAACAACUAUGAAUUCUAUAGCAAAGGGGAAAUUUAUAACAGUUAUGGCAUUUUUACAGUUUUAAAAUAUUCGAUUUAACAUGUUAUCUGGGUUAAAUUCGUAAUUUUAAUUACAAUUUGAUGUGUAUAACAGUUAUAGAAUAUAUAACAGUUGUGUAUAAAAGUUAUGCAUUUCAUAACUGAUUUUAUACUAAAUUCACCAAACUAUUGAAUACAGAAAUGAAAUAGAUAUUGCUUUUCAAUAGUAUAACAGUUAUGAAACGUAAGACUAAAAUAUAUUUUAUAUAACUGUUUGACUAAUGAGAUUUAUAAAAUCAUACUUACCAUAUUAAAUUGACGAAUUUUCCAAAAAAAAUGAUAUGUAUAACAGUUAUAUAAAGUAUAACAAUUGAAGAGUAUUACAGUUGUAUCGUAUAUAACAGUUUUAAAAGAUAUUAAAUGUGUGUACAUGGAAUUUACCACAGUUAUAAAAUGUAUACUCGAAGGAAAAUGUAUAACAGUUAUAAUGGGUGACGCAAAUAUAUAUUUAUAACAGUUUGACCAAUAGAAUGUUUAAAAAAAUAAUUUUUUGAAACAAAUUUAUGUAUUUCAUAAGAAAUUUUGAUAAUAAAUAAAAGUAAGGUUUUUUGAUAUAUCUAUUUAUCAAUUCUUAAAUAUUAUAAGAACCAUAAACUGUUAUAUUGCAAAGUAUUAAUAAAUUUUUUAGGUUGCACUUGACUUUUUUCCUUGAACAUUUUCAUAUCAAUAUUAUAUAGAAAAUAAAACUGUUAUACUACAUAUAAAACUGUUAUACUGCAUAUAAAACUGUUAUACUGUAUAUAAAGCUGUUAUACUGCAUAUAAAACUGUUAUACUACAUAUAAAACUGUUAUACUACACAUAAAACAGUUAUACAAAAUUCCAAAAAAUCAAUUUUAUUGGUUCGAUUAAAAAUUUCGUGGUUUAAAAUUGUUUUACUGCAUGUACAACUGUUAUACAGUGUUAUAUAAAAUUUCCAAAAUUUAAAUUUUCCAAUGUCUACGAGCAAAUUUCCUUUCAACGUUCAGUUACAUGUUUCGUCAUUCUUAUUUUAAUUCGACUUCUGCAGUAAAACUAUUAUACUACUUCCAAAAAAAUGGUUACAUUAAUUUUUUAAUAAUUUUUUCGAUAAAUAUCAACAGUAUAUGGAAAUAGUAUCUGUUAUACCAUACAAUGAAACUGUUAUACUGCAUGUAAAAACUGUUAUACAAAAUUCAAAAUUCAAUUUUUUUAAUUUUCUCCAUGAAUUUAAGCAAUUUUGAAACCUAUUCAUAUGGUUUUUUCUUAUGUAUAACAAUUUAUGUCUUUAUAUUUAAAAAUUUUUCACACAAAGAGAGAACACAUUGUUUUUGUCUCUAGGAGAAAAACUGAAACUUUACUGAACUGUUGGACUCGAAUUUAAGUAGAAAAGAAAACACGAAAUACGUUGUAUAUUAAUAAAGAAGUUAGAUUUGUUGCUUUUUUUGUUCAAAACAAAACAAAAUGCUGGCAUGGGAAAAUAAGAAAAAAUAUUAAUUUUUUUAAUUUUUAUAAAAAAAAAAACAUUUUUUUAACUUGACAAAAUAAUUUUCUUCUUUUGAAAUUCAAACCAAAUUAAAUGCUUCCUUAUACUCUCUACCAAAAAAAAUCAACAACAACAAAAUUAAAGCAUCACAAAGUCUUCUUCUUUUUUUUGGUUAGAAAAACCAAAUUAAAACUGAAAAAAAAAAACAACAACAAAAUGCACAAUUAUAAGUUUUCAAUAACACACGUAUAAAAAAAUAUUUUCAAAAUUUAUAACACUUUUUUUAAAUGGAUUUUAUUUACACGACAUGAAGAAAAUUUUUUAAAUGGAAAAAAUUGAGUUUUUUUUCUACUAUUAUUUAGAAAAUGAAAAAAAAACAACACAAAAAAUUACAUAUUUUACAAACAAUAACAACAAAAAGUAAGAAAUUGUUUUUAACUAAAAUGACAAAUUAUGGCCAAAUAAUAUAAUAAAAAAGAUUUUUUAAUUAGUAAUGAUUUUUAUAGUUUUCGUUUUUAACCUAAUUUAUUUUAAACAAAAAAAGAACAUGUUUACAUCAAACAAACAAACAACAACAAUGUUAAUUUAUUAGUUUUUAAUUUUUUUUUAAUUUUGUUGACAGGGCAGGAUCCCGCUCUUUAUUUUUACAAAUACCAAACUAAGCUUAACUAAACUGAAAACAACAAAAAAAAAUACAAAGAAAAGUAACAGAAAAAACAGUUUUGCUUUUCAGCAAAGCCAACCAAAAAAAAUCUAUAUAUAUACUAUAUAUACAUAUAUUUAUAAUUAGUAGAGAAAAUACAUGAAAAGAAAAAAUCUAAGAAAACAAAAAAUAUAGGAAAACAAACAAACAACAACCUUGAUGGUUAAAAAAAUAUCAUUUAAUAAAAACAAAAUAUUAAUAUCUAACAAUUAAGAAACAAACAAAAUAAAAACUAAGAGAAAACAACUUAGCAUUACAAAAAAAACAACAACAACAAAACAAAUGGAAAUAAAAUGAAAACCGCAACAAACAUUGUUAAACUAAUAGUUUAUAUUAUUAUAUAACAAAAAAAAUAAAAUAAAAUAUAAAUUAAAAAUAAAAACAAAAACAUGUUGUAGUAAUGAAACACACACACAAGCAAACAUACAUACAUAACAAAUGAUUGUAAUUAUUAUUAAGCAUAGGCAACAACAACAACAACUAGAACGUCCCUCCCAAGCCAAGCCAACCCAACCCUCGACUCCCACUCCACUCCCAUCCAACCCAAGUCUCCCACACACACACACACACCCAUCAAUCACCUGAAAACAAAUCUACAACAUUUGAGAUGUUGUCUAACCCAAAAUGUCCCCCACUCCUCCACCUACUCCUCGUCCAUCUACUGAGAAUAAAAACCCAAUGUCUAAUUUAUAAUUAUAAAUAAAUGAACAUGAAAUUUAAUAAAAAUGCAAAUAAAAGAAACUUAAACAAAACA